CUGGUUAAUUUCAAGCAUCAAGUUAAUGUGAGUCAUAAAAACAGGAAGUAUACACGACUUGUUGUGACAAACACCACUCUCACAGUCCUUCACUUUUUGCUUUUCAUCGAAUAACAAGCAAACCUUCCAAAACCAUGACACCAACGUCACGACGGUAGAACCUAUGUCGCAGUUUGAUGAAGUCAUUAAGAAGCUUAUGGACAUGCUGGCAGAUUAGGUUUUGGUCUUGUAAUCCUGCAGAUUACCACCGCGCAAGCCUGCUGACUGUGAUUGCUUCAUACGUGGAACCAUUUCUUUACAUUGUUCAUUUCUGGUUGCGUCCUCAACACUGGGGAAAUACAAGCAUGCAGGCGAGAGGUCAAAGUGCAGCAGAGUAGCGGUGAACUGUGUCGGAUUGGACAGACCUCCGUACAUGAAGCUCAGAGUAAGAGAUGCGGAUGCUCCCUUUUAGUGAAUACUUUCUGUUAACUCUCUUGGAUUGCAGAUUUAAGCACUUCAAUACCACAUCGCUUCCAACCCAGGACUGAAAAAAAAGACUUUAGACCCAAAACUAACAAGAAGAGCUGGGAGGAUCAUCUCGUCUCUGGAGCUGUCCCCAGAUGGUGUCCCUGGCUCUCGAUCGGGAGAUGGAAGCAGACUGGUCCGCUGAGGAGCCCAAGCUGUCCCUGGUGAAGCCAGAGGACCCUGCUGAACCCGAGGCCUCCCCUGGGCCUGCAGAGAGGGACCUUUCCCCCCAGAUGGAGGAUCACCAGACGCCGGGCCUGGGUGGACGAGAGGAGCAGUGUAGGGAAGGGGAGGAUGAGAUGGGGAGCCAACGUGAAGAAGGAGAAAGUCACACACUUGAAAACUAUUCAGGCCGAGAGAACCGGAGAGUCGGAGGACGUGCGGAUGGGAAGAAACUUCGGAAAACAAACAGCUGGAAAACGGUCCGAUUCCAGGACCCGUCCCAGACAGAUGUGGUGUUGGAGAGGGACAGUUCUGGAGAAAGUCUUUUUCCAGAUUAUGUGCUGGAGGAAUGGAAGUUUGAGGAAUUGUUCAAGGCAAAAGAUUGGCAGAAUAUUACAGAUGACUGCCUACUGAGGAAGAAGGUCCUACAACCUGGGCCCCCACAUGCCCCACACCCCACCUGGGGCCAGGAAGUGACCGUCAAACUGCAGGGCUUCCUGGAGGACCGCAGUGUUGUGGAGAAGGACAGAAAGCUGGUGUUCGUCAUAGGAGAGGCGGAUGUCAUUCAGGGCCUGGAAGAGUGUGUCAUAACCAUGCAGAGGGACGAGAUCACGUUACUACUGGCUGGUUCCCAGUAUGCCUACGGACUUCUGGGAAGGGAGCCUGAUAUCCCCUCCUUGGCGCCCCUCCUGUACCAGCUGCAGGUGGAGGGGGUCCAGGAGAAGCGAGACCCCCUGAGCCUGCCCAUACCGGACCGCAUCCGCAUCGGCAACCAGAAGCGGGAGCGGGGGAACUUCCACUUCACGCGGGAGGAGUACCACAUGGCCGCCAGGGCCUACCUGAUGGCCCUGGACGUGCUCACCACCAGCGCCAGAGACCCCAGCGAGGACGGCCUGGUGGAGGUGGAGGAGGAGGAGGUGCAUGCCUACCGGGUGAAGUGCCUCAACAACCUGGCCGCCACACAGCUGAGGCUGCAGCAGCACAGCGAGGCCCUCCACACCAGCCGCGACGUGCUCUGCCUGGAGCCCAACAACGUCAAGGCCCUGUUCCGCACCGGGAAGCUGCUUUCUGAUCAGGGGCAGUACCAAGAGGCAAUGGACUUGCUGAAGAAGGCCUUGAAGCUGGAGCCUGCCACCAAGGCCAUCCAUUUACCUGUCUGUCCGUCCAACAGGCCAUCCAUUUACCUGUCUGUCCGUCCAACAGGCCAUCCAUUUACCUGUCUGUCCGUCCAACAGGCCAUCCAUUUUGAGUUGUCUAAGCUGGUCCAAAGGCAGGCCGGUGACAGACCGAUCGGUGAAGUGAGGACUAAAGCCAUGCAGCUUCUCGGAGAGAACGUCAGGCCGUUCCUCAUCCCGUCGGCGAAGAAACCCCCUGGUGUCUCAUGGAAGCUGCUACUUGGAGCGCUGGUGGUGGCCUUGGGCAGUCUCGUGACCUCCAUCGUUCUGACGGCAAGGAACUGACGCCGUCUGGAGAGCUGAAGCGAAGCCCGACAACCGUCCAGCCCAUGAAUACACUGUAGAUCGACAGCCAUUGUCGGUGACUGGGAAGAAGGUGUGCAGACCCGGGGCACUGGGUUAGGGCCUGGGGACGGAGCCAUGGCCGGAACAGGAUCGUUUGUGUAGAAGAGGAAUAGCAUAAGGGCCACUGGGCUGUUUUUAAGUGGCUGGGGGACAAUUUACAAUUGGGGGACACCAAUUAACCAUCAACAUUAGUUAAUACAGUAAUAAGCAUUAACCAAGUUAACUUCUGGUCUAGAAAUCAUUUACCAAUGGUGUUCAUUCAUAUAUUAUUUUAUAGGGUUGAAAAGGGUUAGCAUGAAGAUUACAUUAUGAAUAAAUUAUUACUAGUAAAGAUGAUCACCAUUAGUAAAUGACGACACCAUUAACUAUCUUAACUUUUAGUUUAUGUAAGAUCAAAGGUAUUGCUCCUGCUACUGUGUUAAUUAAUGUUGAUUAUUGCACCAUAAACGUGUUAUCAAGGGUUGUGAAUAUAACUUGAAACAUUUUUACUUUUACUAUUCUUUUCCAGUAUUGUUCUUUAAUAGGUUCUGGUGACAGACAGCAGUAUACCUAACAUUGCAUUGCGUUCCAACUGAAAAUGAAAGUGUUAUCUCUGUAAAUAUUACAGUCAUGUUAAUGAGCUCAUAAAGCAAAAGAGUUAUUUAUAAUGUAGAUCCAUGUUUUUUUAAGCGCUAACUAUAUACAGCUGAAUUAAAUGAAUCUAUCCCCCGGCAUUACAUAGUAGCUGACAUGCCAAAGAUCAUCCUUCUGCCUGGACACGUGUAACAUCCAUGCCCUAAAACACUGUCAAUAAAAAAUAAAUUAGCUCAAUAUGCUUAAUAAAAACCGAAAGAAAA